AUGGCAUCAACCAAAAUGCACACCUACUCGAUCACCUUUCCCUCUGAUCCCGUCGUUGUCCGAGCGCGAGAUAUUUUGCGAAAGUAUUUACCUGUAUCACUACCACUAUACAGAAGAUUACAAUUUGGUCGCUUCUUUGAAGACACCAUUCUGGUUUCGAAUCUGUACGGCCUCAACCCAAACGUGGCAUUGGAAAUUCCAAACAAGGAUCAAUGGCUCAUCGCCUUCGUGGACAUGACCUGUAGACCCGAGACUGAGGUCUGGAUGUUUGCGAGUUGGGAAGGAAGUGCCUCAACCAAUGGAGUAGUGAAUGAAGACGACGGACAGAAAAAUCUACAAGCCCGAUUACUGCGCCAAUUGAUCAAGACAAUGAAAUCCCUUCCCAUCCCGACCUCUCUACAUCAGGACAUUCUGGACGCUGAGCAAGCCCAAGUCCGCGAUGACGAUUUGGACGCUUCAGGGAGAUCCCGCGCCGAGUCUGCUGCGCACAUGAUGAGGCAGGACAUCAUGCUCCUGGGAGCGAUCCAUGAGAAGACAGCACAAGUUCUCGCGCGGGAGGGGUUUAUUAUUAGGAGUUUCCCCCGGGCUGGCAUGGUGCCGAAUCAUAUGUAUACGUUUGCUGUGGAUACGUUACCGAACACGGUAUCGACGACGCUGCCAGAGGACCUGCGAUGGGGAACGCUAUCACGGCAGCACUUUGCGCUUGUGAGAGUGAGGACGCAGAUUCCUAGACAGGACAAGACACUUGCUGUGUUGCCUAAUGUGGCGAUAUUUGAGGCAGAGGGUCCCGUGGCUUGGGCAUUUGUUGGGCUUGAUGGGAGUCUUUCGACGCUACAUGUUGAGCCUGAGUACAGAGGGAAAGGAUUGGCUAAAGCAGUGAUGGCGAAGCUGUUCAAGGAGAAGAUGGAUCUUUUCUGGGAGGAGGGGGUGGAGAGGGUAGCGCAUGAUUAUGUUAUCAAAGGUAAUGAGGCUAGUGUGGGCGUAAGUAAGAGUAUGGGUGGCAAAAGUGAGUGGGAGGUCUUUUGGUGCCGUAUGGAUCUUGGAGCGUUGGACAGCUGA